AUAGGAAUCUAUUUUUCGUUGUAAAGAUAGGGAAUUUGAAUAAAGUACACAAUUUAUGCAAGAUUUGUAUACUGCUUGUAUAUAACCUGAUAGUCAUAAAUAUCAGUAUCAAGUCAAACGCAUGUUUAUACUUUUUUAUUAAAAAAUGUCUUUAGAAUCAAAGAUUGAAUAUUUAAUAGUAGAUACUAGUGCAUUUAUUAAGAAUGCACCUUUGCAGGAAAUCGGUAAUAAAAUUAUAACUGAAUCAAGUGUAAUAAAUGAAAUUAAAAGUAAAAGACAGAUUAAACGUUUAGUUGUACUACCGUAUGAUCUAGAAGUGAAGGAUGCUUAUUCAGAAGAUAUUAAAUUUGUGACUGAAUUUUCAAAAAAAACUGGUGACUAUAAAAGUCUUUCGUCAACAGAUCUUAAAAUCAUUGCACUUACAUAUCGUUUUGAAAAAGAAAAAGUAGGAAUAAGUCAUUUAAAGGAAGAACCUGAAAAAAAGAAGGAAAUUAUUUAUAAUAGCAUACUUCCUUCAAAUGAUCAUCCAAAGAAUAUUAUUGGAUUUUAUAUGUCAGAGAAAAAAGAAAUAGAAAAAUUAGAUAAUGAAAAAGUUAGUGAUAUUUAUGAGUAUGAAAACGAUUGUACAAAGAUAAAUGGCAAUAUAGAGGAAGAAACUAAAUCUCGAAUAUUAAGUGAAUAUUCAGACUCUUCCAUUUCAGACGAAGAGCAUUUAGUAGCUGCAUCAGUAAUAAGUAAUAAAAGUAAUACAAAGUCUGAUUAUAAAAUAGCUAUGUCCGAAGAAGAAACAAUUGAAUUUAAUAAAUUAAAUAAAAAAUUUGAAAAACUCCAAUGUGACCCAACAGAUUUACCAGUUGAUUGUGGAGAUAUACUUACCAUUGAUGAUAUUCUUAAACCCAUAAAAAUUAAUUCAAAAAUUCAAAAAUCAAAGAAUGAAGUUGAUCAAGAAGAAAUUUUAAUUGAAAAUGAUAAUGAAGGCUGGAUUACACCAAAAAACAUAUUAAAUAUAAAAAAACGUAUGGAUUCAGAUAUAGUUAAAGAAAAACCAGCAACUGUCGCAUGUUUAACAAUGGAUUAUGCUAUGCAAAAUGUUUUAAUACAGAUAGGAUUAAAUAUUGCUUCAUUAGAAGGAAAAGUUAUUAAAGAAAUGAGAACAUUUAUCUUACGUUGCUAUUCAUGUUUUAAAACAACAGGUAUAGUUACAAAAAUUUUCUGUCCACAUUGUGGAAACAAAACGUUAAAGAAAGUAAACAUAUCAUUAGAUGAUGAGGGCAAACAACAAAUAUAUAUUAAUUUUCGAAAACCACUCACUUCUAAAGGGAAAAAGUACUCUCUUCCAACAUUUCAAGGUGGUAAGCAUGCUUGUAAUCCAAUAUUAUUUGAAGACCAGCCAAUGCCAGAUCAAAGACCAACAAAACUUGGUUGCACUAAAAAUGACCCAUUAAACGAAGAUUAUAUUGCUGGUUAUUCACCUUUUAUACAACGAGACGUUAAUUCACGAGCAGCAAUACUUGGUAUCAAAUCUGGUGUCAAAUAUUGGAUGAGGAGAAAUCCUAAUGAAAUUAAAAAAUAUAGGAAGUAAGAUAUAUAUUUAUUUUUAUUGAAUUUUUAUAU